AUGUCUAACAAAAUGCAAUACAUGAGAGUUGGAAGCUCCGGCCUCAAAGUCUCCAAGAUCAUAGUUGGCUGUAUGACCUAUGGUGACGAGAGCUGGCAACCCUGGGUCCUGACCCAAGAAGAGGCAUUCCCUAUCCUCAAGCAUGCAUAUGAUUCUGGUAUCAACAAAUUCGAUGUCGCCGAUGUAUAUUCCAAUGGACGCUCAGAGGAGAUCCUUGGCGUCUUCUUGAAAGAGUAUAAUAUCCCUCGGAACAAAGUUGUCAUGAUGACCAAGGUGUUCCGUUUCGUCGAUCCUGCGAGAGGAGCUGUUGAUGCCGCUGGCCAAGGAAGAAACGAUGAUGUUCAGGUGAAUCAAGUCGGACUAUCAAGAAAGCACAUUUUCGACGCUGUAGACGCCAGCAUUGCCCGCCUCGGUACUUAUAUUGACGUUCUCCAAACUCACCGUCUUGAUCGCGAAGUGUCACUCGAAGAAACCAUGAAAGCCUUAAAUGACAUCGUCGAGAGCGGGAAAGCUAGAUAUAUAGGUGGUAGCUCUAUGGCAUCCUGGGAGUUCCAAAUGUCGCAGAACGUAGCCGAAAAACACAACUGGCAUAAGUUCAUCUCAAUGCAAGGCUUCUACAACCUGCUCUACCGCGAAGAGGAGCGCGAGAUGAACGCAUAUUGCAGGGAAGCCAAGAUUGGCCUUUUUCCCUGGUCGCCACUCGCCGCCGGUGUGCUCGCCCACUCCUGGGAAGAUCGCACUGAUGAACGUGAGAAGAGUGAUGUCUUCUUGAAGCUACUUUUCCGUGGUAAGCAUCUUGAGGCUGAUCAAGAAAUUGUACGAAGGGUGGAAGAAUUGGCUGGUAAGAGGGGUGUUAGCAUGGCCAUCAUUGCAAUUGCUUGGAUUAUAUCAAAGGGAGGAAUGACGCCUGUCUGCGGAUUAUACAACAAACAGCAGGUGGAUAAUAGUGUGAAAGCUUUAAGUGUUCAACUUACCGAACAGGAAAGUGAAUAUUUGGAGGAGGCUUAUGUUCCAAAGCAUGUUAUGGGUUACUGA